GCUGGCUAGCGUCCAUCUGGCCUACAUUUUUUAUGUAAUGUCACUCCACUUUGUUGUCGUUUUUACAAAGAAAAAAUCGUGCUAGUAACCAAACCAAAGAACCCAAGAAUAUUACUUUGUGCGCUGUGAUGUGAUAUCCCAAUUAGAACACAAUAAUGAAUUGUCAUCAAAUACUGAGCGGUGCCUGCAAUGCAGGUGACCGGUGCUUCGCAAUUGGCUCCGUGGAAGGCAUACCUUUUACAGCAUACGCGGCUGGCUGCAAUGUGGUCAUCCUGGCGAGCACAUUUGAACGCGUCCAAAUCAUACCGGGCGCCAAUCAUGGCUAUGUGAAGAUCUCCGCCUUGGACUGCAGCACCGAUACGGGCAAAAUCGCGGCUGCCUAUGAGAAUAAGAUAUGCAUUUUUGAGCCGACGCCGGUGAUUGAGUCGAGCAAGCACAACACACACUUUCUCGACUACAGAUGGGUGCAGACGGGCUCGUUUACCAGCCACUCGAAUGUGGUGACAUUGUCGUGGAAUCUGGAGGGCACGCGUCUGCUCACCGGUGGCACCAACAUACAGCUCUGGAAGAGCAAAUCGCCCACACAUCAGCCCGAGGAGGAGCACACUGGCGUCAAGUUCGAGAUUGGGGAGAGCAAGGAGCCCAAAACGCCGGCGGCGGGGCAAACGGAUGAUGUGUCGACGUGGGAGAACAUUUGGUCGUGCCAAACAGCGAUACCCAUUUACCACAUGGCAUUUAGUCCCGAUGGCACGCUCUUUGCCACCUGCGGGCGCAACGAUCGUCUAGUCAAGAUCUGGUACGAGAACAAGCAGGUGCUUUUCCCAGCCAAAAGCACAAGCACUGCUGCGGCCACCAACAAUGCAACAACAGGAGCAGGAGCAGCUUCCCAAGGAGCACCAGCGAGUGCACACGAUGGCAGCGGAGGCAUCGCUGGCGGUGAGCUCAACUUUACGUACGUGUACAUCGCACAUCCGCGCGCCGUGUCGAACAUUGUGUGGCGCAAGACGAGCAAAUAUAUGCCCAAGGGAUCGGUGGCCAAUAUGCUGGUGACCUCGUGUCUGGACAACAUUUGCCGCAUCUGGAUUGAGACGGUGCUGCCGGACGAUGGCAUGGUCAAUAUGACCCAAUACGAUCCGUUGGCCUCGCAGAACCCCAAGUUUCGGACGCAUCGGCACAAGCAUCGCUUUAUGCAGCGCCUCAAGCACAUGAAGACCUGUUUCCAUUUGCGUCGUCACAUCAAGGCCGGCGCCAAUGCGAACAUCGGUCCCGGUGGACCUCAUGGACCUGGCUCCGCUGGCGGUGGUCCCGGAAGUGGCGGAGGCGCUGCGGGAGGUGGCCAGGGGAUGGGAGGUCUUGGUAGUUCACCGGCGAGUUUCAGCAACUAUCAGGGACCGAUCCCUUCGCUGCCGUCGUCGUGCAGCGUGCAUGACUUCCAUUCGUAUGGCUUUCAGGGGUCGGGCGUUACGCCGGGCAUGCAUUUCCAUUUGGCGGCGUCGAUCAAUGCCGAAACGGAUAUACCGCUGGUGCCGUCGAUGCAGACAUCGGAUCCAACCAAUCAGAAUGUGUUUAUAUUGCACUGGCUGAACAACAAGGAGAUGCAUUUCACGCUGCAAGCGGAGGCCAUACUCCAGGAGCUAACCAAAAAGGUGAUUGACGAGGAGAAUGGCAACGUUCACGAACGAUCCACAGCAGCAGCAGCAGCCGCGGGUGUUGAUCUGCCCGAUGAUGCAGCCGUCGGGCAUCAUAAGAAACAAUUUAUGCGCAAUUCGAAAUCGGUUUCGGUCGAUGACAGCGGCGAAGAGUUUAGCAAGUAUUCACAGCAUACGGCGGCCACAGCGGCCGGACUCCAGCUGAAUUCCAUGUCGAAUACCACAUCACAGAAUUCGCUGAACAACGAUCAGCAGCAACAGCAACAGCAUCCGAUCACCCAACUGGUCGAUUCGCUGGACAAUAAGAUCGAGUGUCUGCUACGCGAUUGGCAUCAGAGUCCCGAUCUCCUGUUUGCCAUCCAUCCCGUUGAUGGCAGCUAUUUGAUCUGGGUGAUCGAGUGGCUCGAUGAUUACUAUCCGGGCUCGUAUCGUCAGGCGCAAGUGUCGUUCUCAACGCGCAUACCUUCGGCAUUUCCGCUGGGCGAUGCCAUGUCGAUGUCGACAACGGUUAGUCUCUUCAAUACGGGCACACAUCCGUUGGCCUUCCGCGACAUUGCGAACAAUGUGCGGAGCAAGGAUGAGUUCCACAAAGGCGGUGGCGGCGGCGGCAGCAGCGAUCAGAACUCGUUGCGCAGCGAUCAACAGCAUUUUGACAAACACGACGAACACGACGAGGAUGGCGAACAGCCGGAUGUCGAUCAACCCGAUGAGGAUAACGACGACAACGGUGGCGAUGCCAAUGAACGCAGCGCUGCGGCGAGCAGCUCACAGGAUUCGGGUGCCGCUGGCGGUGGCGCCACAGCGGCGUCAGCACUUCCGCUGAAUGUGUCGCCAUCGGUGUCGAUGGUCACGAAACAUUCGAACGGCACGCUCAAUCUGUGGCAGCUGACGUUCGCCUUCAAGACGAAGUUCACACAAGUAUUAAGCAUCGGCCAUGUGAGCCGUGCGUCGGGACAUCGUUUCCGUGUCAAUGACAUCACCUGUCAUCCGGUAUUGCCGCUGCUCGUCUCCACAUCGCAUCACAAUCUGCCCGACUCCGAGGCCAAGUCACCGAUGUCGCCCUUCGAACAACCCCUUGCCGGCAGCUCAGCGAUGGGAGGAGCCGGAAUUGCUGGAGGCGCCGGUUCCCCAACGGGUUCGGCCAAUGGCGGGGACAACAAGGAUGUGUUUACGCCCACGGGCUUUUGCUCGGAGCUCAUAUUGUGGCGUGUCGACUCCGUCGGACCGUUGUGUCAUUCGGGCGGAGUCAGUGAGCUGGCGCGUAUCAAUUCGCCGGAGAUAUCGGCGUUCAGCAACGUCGCCUGGAUACCCACGCUGUUGCCCAGCACCACCUUGGGCAGCUACAGCAACUCACCGUCGGCGUGCUUUGUGGCCAGCGACGGGGAGAAUUUGCGCGUCUAUCAGGCGGUGAUCGAUGCACGAACUUUGCUGGCGGAGAUUAGUUGCUCGGAGAAUUUGAAUACGUUGCACAAAUCGCAUUCGUUGUCCUCGAUGAUCUCGAAUGCCUCGUCCACGUUGAAAGCACAACGUUCGGCGCUGCAUGACAAGCUCAAGGUGGUCUCACAACAGUCGACCGCACGUCCCGGUUGCAUACUGCAGCUGGAUGCAAUAUCGGAUGCCAAACACGAUUGGCAGAACACACAGUUCCUGCAUGUGUUCCAGGCGCAAUUGAUCACAGGCGGACAGCGUGCCGUCUCGAUUGAUGCGCACGAUUUGGAGGAACCGAAGAUGAAUGCACUGCUUGAAUCGGACAUGGAUGCCAUUGUCGAUUUGCAACGGAAUGUGGACUUUGAGGAACCGUUCUACAUUGUGAACAUCGAGAAGACGCUGCGCGGCAGCACCAUCCACAUGUGGCGCAUUGUCAUCAGCUCGAAGCAGCAGAGUUCGUUCCUCUCCGAGACCGCAAUGUAUGUGCCGGACAGCAAUCUGACGCAGGAGACCGAGGAGCAAGAGCAGCAGCCGCGUCGCAUGUCUCAGGGUGCCGAAACAUUGACCGGAGCCGAGCACUUUGGUCCACAAGUCGAGGCACCGCACAUUUCGAUCACCACCAAGAAGGUGUGCACCCAAGAGUUGCCGCUGCCCGAGGGCGUCGAUGUGAUACACGCCUCGCCCGCUGCUGGGCAUUUGAGCAGCUCGAGCAUUUAUCCUGCCUGCUUUGCGCCUUAUAUCAUUGUCACCGCGUGCUCCGAUUCGAUAUCGCGCUUCUGGAAAUGCGAACCCAUUGGCACCGAUGCCUAUCACUGGUCCGAAUGGAAGAUGUUCAGUCGCAUCCAACAGUCGGCGAUCGAGAUUCCCGGCCAGCCGUUGAACAUCAGUGCCGCGUACUCCGGUCGCAUUGCGUGUGCCUACAAGUAUGGCAAGAGUUUUACGCGUCCGAAUCGCGGUGAUCCCGACUCGCGUUACGUCAACCUCUGUGUGGCCAUCUACGAGUGCGAAAGCUCCGGGGGCAGUGAAUGGGUACUGGAGGAUACCAUUCACCUCAAGAACGUCCAUUUGCCGCGCAUCAACAUCGGACAUGGCAUCGACUUGAGCUAUCUGCAUGAUAGCCGUCUGCUCGCUAAGAAGCAACGGUUGAAUCAGGUGCUGCACAAUUUCGCCCACGAUCCGGAGAGUCGCUCACCGCGCAGUGGCGAAACCACACCGGAGUUGACAACCGGCGGCGUCGGCGUCGGUGGCAAACAGUCGGCGAAUGUCUCGGGUCUGCUGACGGUGCCCAGCUUUAGUACGUUGCAAUCGUUGCGCAAGAGCAUCGCGGAGAAUGGCAACACGUGUCCGCUAACGCAAAAGCAUCUCGUCCAAUUGGAUUGGGUGUCCAAGGAGGAUGGCUCGCACAUCUUAACGGUUGCCGUUGGUAGCAAAAUAUUGCUCUAUACGCCUGUCAGCUCGGACAUUGCACAGGCCAACAUAAAGGCAAUGAAGGAAUCACGUUCGGUGAAUCGUCCCAUCCUAAGGAAGGCCAGCAGCUUGGCUCAACCGAAUUUCGUUGAUGAGAUACGUUGGAUGAAGUUGCGACAGAUUGAUUUGCAGACCGCCGACGGUUUGCCGCCGCUGCCAAUGCAAAUCAGUUGGGUGCGCGAUGGCAUCCUCGUGGUGGCCAUGGACUCGGAGAUGCACGUCUAUUCGCAGUGGAAGCCCCAUUAUGGCGCUCACUUUAUGUCCGUUCAGGGAUCGAACACAAUGGGCGACGAUGUGCCCGAUACGCGCAAUUUACGCGAUGAGGAUUUGCGUUCAUUGGCCAACGAGUCGACGCAGCUGCGACUGAAGAAUGUCGCAUCGAUGCCGCUCAUUAGCAAGGUGAGCACCGCCAAUCUGCAACUCUUGUCGCACGACAAGAAACGUCGCUUGGCGGCCAACAGCAGCAUGGCCAACAUGAAUGGCGGUGGGGCACAGCACACGGAUGGCUUCGGUGGCGGUGGGAAUGAGGCGCCCGCUAAUGAUGAUUAUAUGACCGAUUUUGGGCUGUUUCAAGCGUCGCGCAUUGCGUGUCCCGUGCUGCCGCAAUACCAUCCCAAGCAGCUGAUGGAGCUGCUCAAUUGCGGCAAGAUCCGUUGGGUCAAGGCGAUCCUGGCGCAUCUGGUGCGUUGCAUGAGCGGCACCGGGAACAGUGCCAUCAGCGGUUUGCCCCACGAGGAUGAUGGCAGCACCGGCGGUGGAGCUGGCGGCGGUGGCGGAGGAGGUGCGGCUGGGGCCAGGCAACGCAGCUGGUCGCGAUCCCGUACGCUGAGCAUUAGCUACACGGCGGACACAAGCAAUAUACAGGCCGAGCAUCGGGGCAGCACAACGCAAAUACCCGAGGAACUGAUGUUGGACUAUGCGGAGAUCAACUCGAUUCCGCCGCUGCCGUUGUGGGUGCUCCUCAAUGCGGAUCGCGAGCAGUUGGGUGGCAAGGCACCGCAUGCGGCCGAGAGUGACAAGGACUAUGAUGAGCUCUUCGAUAUGCACAACUCGGAUGACAAUCUGGACGACCUGCUGAGCGAUGGCGAACAGAAGCGUCAGGAGCGACGUCUCUCGCUGCCGGAGAAACAAUCGAUAUCGCAUUUCGGUCCACGUCAGGGACAGCUGUUGUCGCGUCUCCUGACGCACACCCAUCUGCCGGGUCUGUCGUCGCUGGAUCAGAUGCAUCUGUUGGCCCUCGCCGAUACAGUGGCCACCUGCAAUACGGACUUCAGUGAUAAGUUUGCCGCCGACCUGGGCAAGAGUCAGGCUGCAGCCGGCGGUGCCGUCGGUGUGGCGGGCAAGGCACAAGCGACCGAUUCAUUGGAUGAUUGUGGACUGCGCUUUUUGCUGGCGAUGAAGCACUUUACGUACUUGUUGCGUUGCCUGCCGCUGGCGCAGCGGGCGCAAUUCCAGCGCCAGGGCGUCGGCACUGCGAACAUUGUGUGGGCCUAUCACUCGGAGAGCGAGGAGGAGCUCCUGAACCUGAUACCCAGCUACACCAAGGGCGAUUUGCGUUGGGGCACGCUACGGGAUCUGGGCGUUGGCUAUUGGCUGAAGAACAUCAAUACGCUGCGACGUUGCGUCGAGAAGCUGGCCAAGUGUGCCUAUCAGCUGAAACAGGAUCCCCUCGAUGCGGCCAUCUACUAUCUGGCCAUGAAGAAGAAAUCUUUGGUCUGGGGUCUGUUCCGUUCGAAGCGGGACGAGAAGAUGACCACGUUCUUUGGCAACAAUUUCGCCGAGGAUCGUUGGCGCAAGGCGGCACUGAAGAACGCUUUUGUGCUGCUCGGUAAACAACGAUUCGAGCAUGCGGUUGCUUUCUUUUUGUUGGCCAAUUCACUCAACGAUGCCAUCGAGGUGUGCAUGAAUAAGCUCGAGGAUUUCCAGCUGGCCUUGAUCAUCGCUCGGCUGUAUGAGGGCGAUGCCGAGGGCUGUUACUAUCAUCGGCUGCUCAACGAUCACAUUCUGGGCACCGAUAUCGAUACGGGACGUUGCGACUUGACGCGUGCCCAUCCCGAUCCGUUCUUGCGCUCCAUGACGUACUGGAAUCUGAAGAAGUAUCAGGACAGCUUGAAUACGCUGCUCCUGAAUGGUGUCGGCAAUCUGCAUAGCAGCUACCGCGAGGAGGAUCUGUUGCGUCCCGAGAUGCCGCAUGCCACCAAUCCGAAUGUAUUCAAUUUCUACAUCUACUUGCGCACACAUCCUUUGCUCAUCCGGCAGAACAUCGCGAUAUCGGCGCAAGAGAAACGCAUCGCACAUGUUGUGCUCUCCGGUUUUAGCUAUGCUGGGGAAUCGAGGAACGCCACCGCGAAUGCGGCAAGCGAUAAACAGCUGCAAUUGGAGGACUCCAUCACACCGAUCGAGCGGCAAUUGUACUUUACCACAGCGCACGGACAUUUCAAGUCCGGUUGUCCGGCCCUGGCGCUUGAGGUGCUCAACAAGCUGCCCAUGAAGAUAAGCGACAACGAUGGCGCCGCCUCAAGCAUGGCGGGCAGUCAGGCACCUGAUUCGGAACAUCAGGUGGGCGCCAAAGAUGAGCUGAUCAACUCGGGCAUUAUGGAUCAGUGGCAGACGUCGUCGCCCAGCCAGGCGGAACAAUUCGAUUGGAGUGCGCCUGUUGCCUCGAGCAGUGCCAAUGAGGCCAAGUUUGAGAUCAAAUGGGAUGACGAGGACGAGGAAGAGGAAGAAGAUGCUGACGAUGGUCAGCUUGAUCGGAAUAAUGAUGCUGCAACACCGCAACCAGAAGCAUCAUCAGCAGCAGCAUUGGAUCAUCUGGGUAAAUCAUCAUCGGGUGGCGAUUGUAAAAUGGACAUUAUGGCGCAACAGCUGAAGUUUGUCGCCUGCCUAAAGAUCCUCAUGGAGGAACUGUCAACGCUGGCCACCGGCUUCGAGGUGGAUGGCGGCCAAUUGCGCUACCAGCUCUAUAUGUGGCUGGAGCGUGAGGUGGAGGCUCUCAAGCAGUUGUGCAACUAUUGCAGCUCGGAGCAAACGAACGAUGCCAACGAUCCGGAUGCUGGUGAUGCCAAGGAUAAGGACAUGAAUGCCAGCAUAUAUCCGAGCACGGAGCGACCGACACUCCAUGAGAUCCUCAUGCAGGACAAACAGGACUUUGAGGCCAAGGUGAUGCGGGCGGCCAAACGCAAGCGUUGGCUCAAAGCCAACGAGACAUUGUUGCGAACACUACUGAGCUACUGUUCGCUGCACGGCGCCAGCGGCGGUGGCUUGGCCUCGGUGCGCAUGGAAUUAGUAUUAUUGCUGCAGGAGUUGCAGCAGGAGAAGACGCAACAGCAGCUGCUCAGCCCGUUGCCCUUCCCCACCACCCUGCCGCUGUUGAGUGCAUGUGUGGCGGGCAACAAGACGGUGAUUGCGGAUCCCAUCAAGUAUCUGCAAUCGCAGACUGUCGACAUGCUGCAGAGCAUCAUCAAACUGCUGCCAUUCCCCGGCAUCGAAACGAGCGCACUGAGCGAGAUCUUUGUGCUGCGCGAUUUGGCCGUUGCGUUGUCCAGUUGCAUCUAUCAAUCGCUGUGCGAUUCGGAGAGUUUUGUGGUGAACAAUGCCAGCUUCAAUGGCUAUCCCAGCCCAGGGAUCGAGAACAUUGCCAAGAUCAAUUCAUCGUUCGAGUGCAGUUAUCUCGUUGGCAGUCGCAAUGCGUUCAAUCGUCGUCGCAAGUAUUCCACCGAUGAGCCCGCGGGCAUUUGCACCACGCCAUCCAAGUGGCCGGGUGUCACCAAUCUGCGAGCGCUUCUGGCACGCGAAAAGGACGAGGAUGUGCCCAAGUUGAAUGUGCUGUUGCUCGAGUCCUUUGUGUCCACCUACAUGGCGUUGUUCAUCUACUCGCUGUCCACCUGUGACAGUCGUCUGUUGUAUCGCCUCAGCGGUCAACAGUUCUCCAACGACACUUGGUCCACGCUCUUUGGCGGCGGCAUGAAGAAGCUCCUGAUCAAGCCAGCUGCACAGCCUCAGCAAACGCAAGUGCAGUCGCAGGCUUUGGUCGCAGGAGGCGAGCCAGAGGAUGAGAACAGUGUGUGGAAUACGGUGACAUCGAUAACGAAGCAACGCAUGAAGCUCAACAUGAAGAUACUGGGGAGCUUCAGUCAGAACAGCACGUCGAGCAACAUGAAGGAGGACAAGCCGACGUAUCGCGAACAAUUUAUGCCCCCGGAGACAUCGAUGCUCUCCUACUUCCUGGCCAAGCCCACCAAUACAGAUUGCGAUGAAUACGAUACGGAUGAUUCGCAUGAAUCGGACGGCGAGGAGGAGGAAGAUGAUGAUGAUGAUGUCAAUGUGAGUCGCUCGCAAUUGAAAUCCAAAGACAAUACCGAGCACGCCAAUCCCAUGUCCUACUCGUGGAGUAUAUUGCGCUUGGCGCUCAUCAAGAACAGCACACACAAGAUCCAAGAGUUUGUCAAAGUCGCCGGCAUCGAAUUGCAAGAUCUGCCUGUGAUCAGUCCACUGUCGCAUGAGGUGCUGCGCACCUUGAAUCGCUGGCAGGAGUUCGCAUUGAACGAUCUGAUCAGUCGUGGUCCGCCGUCCCGACAUUAUAUACCCGGCUGUUAUGCGGAAAGCGGCAUCAAUGGCCUCGCCAUACACAAGUAUCGUUCGCUGCUGAACAAGGACAAUACACCGUUCAUUUCGGGCUCGGCAGCGGGUCCCAUUCGUCGGCUGUGGAACUAUUUGGUGCGCCAGGAGCCGACACAGGAGGUCUUCAUCAAGAGCAUCUUUGGCAAGAGCUCGGACGCGAGCACGCGCAGCUCGCAUCAUAACCAGCAUCAUCAGCACGACAACGAGACCGAUGAAGGUCAAUCGCAUUCAACGAACGAGAAUACCGAUCACAUUCGGAUCAUACACAAGGAUCAUGAAUCGAUACUCACGUUCUGCCUGAAGAACAACAGCUCCUCAAUGAUUGCGUUCGCGAAUCCGCGCGAGAUUCAGGAAUUCGAUAUCUCGCUGCUGCUGGAAUCGCCCAAUUGGUAUGAGGAUGAGUGUGACUAUGAUAUGAUGAAUCUGUCCAAGGAUGCGGACACCAACAGUUCCGCCUUCCUCAUCAUCCAGUCGCAGGAGCAAGCUCAAUUUGGAGCUGGCUCCACGUACAGUGAAGCUACGGUGAGCACGCAAAGCGCUUCGCAGUCGGGACGCGGCACAUCUAUGGUUCUGCGCCACAAGGUGGACAAUGUGAAGCGGAUGAGCGCACAUCCCUUGAUGCCGCUCUACUUGACCGGUGGCCAAGAUGGCUCGGUGCAGAUCUGGGAAUGGGGACAUCAGCAGCCGGUUUGCUGUCCCCGCACCUCGGGCACCUUUGCCAAGGUGACGCGUUGUCGCUUCUCCGAGCAGGGCAACAAAUUUGGCGUCGGCGAUGGCGAUGGCAACCUGAGUUUGUGGCAGGCGGGCAUCGCCUCCCAAAACAAUCGACCCUUCAUUACCUAUCAGUGCCACAAUAAAGCGCUCUCCGAUUUCGUAUUCCUUGGCUCUUGCAGUUUGUUAGCCAGCGCUGGUCAAAGUUCUGAGAACAAAAACAUCAAUAUUUGGGACACUCUGUUGCCGCAUAAGAAGUCCUGUGUGUCUGCCUUCACCUGUCACGAUCAGGGUUCUUCGUGUCUGGUCUUUGCGCCACAGCAUCAGGUGCUCAUUUCAUGUGGCAAACGCGGCGAUGUUUGCGUCUUUGAUGUGCGUCAACGCACGCUGCGACAUCGCUAUCAGGCUCACGAUAGCACCAUCAAGUGUAUUGCACUUGAUCCCCACGAGGAAUUCUUUGUCACCGGCUCCAUUGAAGGCGACAUCAAGAUCUGGGAUAUGAAUCAGUUUAUGCUAAUCAAUACGUUCCCCCACGAACAUGCCAAAAAUGGUUUCUUCAAGCACACUGGCCAAGGAGUCAGUCAGGUGUAUGUGGAUCCAUUUGGACGUCUCUUCUCCUGCGGCUCCGAUGGCUGCAUGAAGGUGCGCCUGCUCGUCGAGAAGGAUAACAUUGUGCACUCAGUGUAUUAAACAAAGAAAUAGCAGCAGCAGCUAAAGCUACAGCUACAGC